UAACCUCCAAUCUCUUGGAAUUUAAUCCAUCCUACCAGACGACCUUUGCUGUCAAUUUGGACUUGGGGUUUUCUGGGGUGUUUCUAGUCUCAUAGACAAGGCUACCAGUCGAAUUGGACAUAUCCUUCAAAAUGGCGACAACACCACCGCCGCCCUCGACCCUACGCAUCCCUCCCACCCCGCGUCUUGGAUCACAAUAUGAUGAAUACGAGCCCUACUCGACGCGACAUUCGGCCAGGCUAGCAAGCCAGCGUGCUUCCAGAGAAUCCCGCACCACUCCCCCGCCCAGUUUUCCCAGCACGAAGGGCACAGCCAAGCACAACAGCCAUAGCCAUGAAGCAGAGACACUGUCACCUCCAGGGUCGGUUCAGGGAUCACCCCGGAAGCACAGGUCGGCCCGGACGGUUGGCCUGUUUGCAUCGCAUUCACUGGAUGGCGCCUCGCUUGACGACUCAGACCCCUUUGGCGCCGAACCCUCCUACACUCGUCGUCCCCCACAAUCACUUCGGCCCACCAUGACAGAGGGGAUGCUGCCAACUCCAGCCAAGACGCCGCGGAAGAAGGCUGUCGGUGAUGUAGGAGGCACCGCACGAGCCCUCUUUCCCGCCCCUCCAAGCUCCAGAAAGAGGACCAAGAAACACACUGGCUUCUCACUGGAUAGUUUCAGCGAAGACAACGCUCGCGGUGGAUCUGAGAUUCAGAUUUACACAGACUCCCGUGACCGAAUCCCAGAGGUCGACAACAGCGAAAGCAACCCUUUCUAUAAAAAGCCCGCCGCUGGCAACAGCACAGUCACCCGCACUUCAAGACGCCGAGAAAGUCGCCGCGACAAGGACAUUGAUGAGUCGAUCGACCGCGAGGAUGGCAUGGUCUAUGUUUUCCGAGGCAAGAAAAUGUUCCGCAAGUUCACCGAUGAUGUCCCGAGCGACAACGAAGAUGAUGACGACGAUCUGGGCCUGCUGGCAGCCCGCCCGGACCUGAUUGAUUCAUCGAUUACGGCCAGCAUUCGACCUCUUACUCGCUCGUCUAUCAAACCCCGUGUGCUCUUUCCCAGUACGAAGGAUCAAACACCCGAGACCACUCAGUUGAGCGAUGUCGACGAGGAGGCAGCUACCGAUAUCGAGGACCAAGCGCUCCAUGCUGAUACCGAACCCGAAGCUGACGAACAUGAUGAACACGACGACCAUGCUGUCGACAUUGAGAUGCAGCAGCGGCCAGUUACCCCUCCCCCACCUACUACUGCAACUCCCGCAUCUCCCGGUGCCACGAUGCGUUCUCUACGCUCCCGAAGCAAACGAGAAGGCCCCGACCACGGCGACACGCCCACUGUCUCCGAGACCAAGAAAAAGCGCGUCAGUCCAUUCGACGGUUGGCUGCGAAAGAAGCAAACCCCCGCCGUGACCGGAACCAAGGCGAAAAAGCGCGACGCAGAAGCUGCUGGCAGUCCUGGCGGCCCCGCUACAAAGAAGACUCGAGGCAACAAAGCGACUGUAUCAUCGUGAGCACUGUUACCUAGACGCAACACAAGCAAACGUCCAAGGAUCAAUCUCUAUUGAACCCCAUUGGGAGCAGAGCUCAGACUUCUCUUUCUUUCCCUGAUACCUUCGUCAAGUGU